GCCGACGCACGCUCGAUGAAAGUCCCCUCGUGCCUGCGACCGAGCAUGACCGACGACGAGAACCCCGCGAAGCGCGCGAAGAAGUCGGCGAGCUCGCUCGAGGGCAACCGCGCGUCGUUCACCGCGGAGGAGAACGCGCUCGUCGACGCCCUGAUCGCGUGCGGUCAACACCACCUCUUCGAGGCGUGGCCCGAGGCCGGGACGCGCGACGACGACAAGCGCCGCUUCCUCGCGCAGGCGAAAACGUGCGACGACGGCUACCCCGGCGGGAUCGCCGCGUACGUGAAGAACGCGAAGAAGCUCCUGAGCGACAGCAAGGAGGGCGUGAACCCGUUCGACGGAUGGACGCCGUCCGUGCCCGACGGCGUCGUCGUCGAGUACGCCUCGGACGAGCACCUCGAGCUCGAGAAGGCAGGGAUGGAGGAGAUCGGCAGCGCAGCGUUCGUGCUCGUCGCCGGCGGCCUCGGCGAACGCCUAGGGUACAGCGGCAUCAAGGUGGAGCUCCCCGCGGAGAGGACGACGGACGCGUGCUACCUUCAAAACUAUAUUCACGCCAUCCUCGCGUUGCAGUCGAGAGCGGCGGGCGAGAUGCCCGCGCACCGAAGCGCGAAAGGCGUGGGGAUUCCGCUCGCGAUCAUGACCUCCGACGAUACGCACGCGAAGACGCUCGACCUCCUCGAGAGGAACGACUACUUCGGCGCGAAACCGACGCAGGUGACGCUCAUCAAGCAAGAGAAGGUGCCGUGCCUCGUCGACAACGACGCGCGACUCGCGCUCGACGCGAAAGACCCGUACAAGCUCCAGACGAAGCCUCACGGCCACGGCGACGUCCACGCGCUUCUGCACACGUCCGGCUUGCUGUCGAGAUGGUCCGCCGCGGGGAAGAAGUGGGUCGUGUUCUUCCAAGACACGAACUCGUUGGUCAUGAAGGUGGUCCCCGGCGCGCUCGGCGUGUCCAAGGAGAAGAAAUUCGUGUUCAACUCGCUGUGCGUGCCGCGCAAGGCGAAGGAGGCGAUCGGCGCGAUCGCGGAGCUGACGCACGUGGACGGGCGAAAGAUGACCGUGAACGUGGAGUACAACCAGCUCGACCCGCUCCUGCGCGCGACGAUCAACAAGGACGGCGACGUGAACAACGACGCGGGGGCGUCGCCGUUUCCGGGGAACAUCAACCAGCUCAUCGUGUCGCUUCCAGAGUACAAGACGCAGCUCGAGAAGACGGGCGGGCAGAUCGAGGAGUUCGUGAACCCGAAGUACAAGGACGACACGAAGACGACAUUCAAGUCCCCGACGCGGUUGGAGUGCAUGAUGCAGGACUACCCGAAGAGCCUCGACGCGGACGCCGUCGUCGGCUUCACCGUCUUCGACAACUGGGUCGGGUACUCGCCCGUGAAGAACUCGCCCGCGGACGGCGUCGCGAAGUUCAAGUCCGGGAACGCGACGCACACGGCGACGUCCGGAGAGAUGGAGGUGUACGGCUGCAACGCGAAGCUCCUGUCUCUCGCGGGCGCGAAGAUCGCGGCGCCGAAGGACGUGACGUUCAACGACGUCGUCGUGCCCGCCGGCCCGCGCGUGUGCCUGCACCCGACGUUCGCGUGCACGUUCAACGAGCUCAAAGGGAAGGUGGGCGGCGGCGUGACGAUCGAAACCCCGGAGAGCGUCCUCGUCGUGGAAGGCGCGGGGGUUCGGUUGGAGAACCUGAAGCUGGACGGCGCGCUCGUGAUCAAGGCGUGCUCGGGCGCGACGGUGACGGUGAACGGCCUCGAGGUGAAGAACGAGGGGUGGACGUGGAAGAAGGCGCCGGCUGACGCGGACGAGGUGGACGCGCUCAGGGGGUUCGUGAUCGAGAGAGGCGAGACCGCAGAGUACGUGUUCGACACCCCGGGGACGUACGAGUUGCCGUGAGGGGGGUCUGUCCUUCGGGGCGCGGGCGCGUGACGUGGGGCUAUCAUAUUACCAACGACGCCGACUCG